GCAGGGCAGGAGGAACUUAUUUACAAGGCAGAUGGGUCUUGGGCCAGAGCUUUGAGCUCUGUGCCCAACGACUGCUACCCCGUAAGCUGUAAGAGUAGACUUCCGGGCCAGCUUGGGGAGUGCCCUGGGAGGCCAGCCGGGCUGCCCCUCCUGUCAGCCUCCUUCCUUCCGUCCUCCUGCCACCCUGUGACUGCCCAGCUUCUCUAAAGAGGCACCGUUGGCAUCAUGUCUCUGCUCAACCCUGUCCUGAAGCCCCCUGAGGUGAAGGCCUAUCUGACGCAAGGGGAGCGCUUCAUCAAAUGGGACGAUGAAACGUCAAUAGCCUCCCCAGUUAUCCUCCGAGUAGAUCCCAAGGGCUACUACUUAUACUGGACGUAUCAGAGCAAGGAGACAGACUUUCUGGAUAUUUCUAGUAUCCGGGACACCCGUUUUGGGAAGUUUGCCAAGGUUCCCAAGAGCCAGAAGCUCCGUGAGGUCUUCAACAUGGACUUUCCAGACAACCACUUCCUGCUGAAAGCACUCACCGUGGUGUCCGGCCCUGACAUGGUGGAUCUCACCUUCCACAACUUCGUCUCCUACAAGGAGAAUGUGGUCAAGGACUGGGCUGAGGAUGUACUGGCCCUGGCCAAGCACCCGCUGACAGCCAAUGCCCCUCGCAGCACCUUCCUGGACAAGAUCCUGGAAAAGCUCAAGAAGCAACUAAAUCCUGAGGGCAAGAUUCCUGUGAAGAAUUUUUUCCAGAUGUUUCCUGCUGACCGGAAGCGGGUAGAAGCUGCUCUCACAGCCUGCCAUCUUCCAAAAGGCAAGAAUGAUGCUAUCAAUCCUGAGGAUCUCCCAGAAUCCGUCUUCAAGAGCUUCCUCAUGAGCCUCUGUCCUCGGCCAGAAAUAGAUGAGAUCUUCACUUCCUACCAUGCUAAGGCCAAACCCUACAUGACCAAGGAGCACCUGGCCAAAUUCAUCAACCAGAAGCAGCGAGACUCACGACUUAACUCCUUGCUGUUCCCACCAGCACGGCCUGACCAGGUGCAGGGCCUCAUCGACAAGUAUGAGCCCAGUGUCAUCAACGUGCAGAGGGGUCAGCUGUCACCUGAGGGCAUGGUCUGGUUUCUCUGCGGGCCAGAGAACAGUGUGCUAGCCCAGGACAAACUGCUGCUCCAUCAGGACAUGACACAGCCUCUCAGUCACUACUUUAUCAACUCCUCCCACAACACCUACUUGACAGCUGGCCAGUUCUCAGGCCUGUCCUCGGCUGAGAUGUACCGCCAGGUGCUGCUGUCGGGCUGCCGCUGUGUGGAGCUGGACUGCUGGAAGGGGAAGCCCCCUGACGAGGAGCCCAUUAUCACCCAUGGCUUCACCAUGACCACAGACAUCUUGUUCAAAGAAGCAAUUGAAGCAAUUGCAGAAAGUGCCUUUAAGACUUCCCCUUAUCCUGUCAUCCUGUCAUUCGAAAACCAUGUGGACUCGCCCCGCCAGCAGGCUAAGAUGGCUGAGUACUGCCGGACGAUGUUUGGGGACACGCUGCUCACAGAGCCCCUGGAAAGGUUCCCACUGGAACCAGGCAUCCCUCUGCCCAGCCCUGAGGAUCUUCAGGGUAAGAUCCUCAUCAAGAACAAAAAGAACCAAUUUUCUGGUCCAGUGUCACCCAACAAAGAGCAUGGUGGAGACCCUGAAGGCAGUUGCCUGUCCAGUGCCCCCACAGGAGCAGACACAGUGUGGGCUGCUGAGGAAGGGGCUGAGCUGGAGGAGGAGAAGGAGGUAGAAGAAGACGAUGAGGAAUCAGGAAACCUAGAUGAAGAAGAGAUGAAGAAGAUGCAGUCUGAUGAGGGCACAGCGGGCCUGGAAGUGACAGCUUACGAGGAGAUGUCCAGCUUAGUCAAUUAUAUCCAGCCUACCAAGUUCAUCUCCUUUGAGCUCUCUGCCCAGAGCAACCGAAGUUAUGUCAUCUCCUCCUUCACGGAGCUCAAGGCUUACGACCUCCUCUCCAAGGCCUCAGCGCAAUUUGUGGAGUACAACAAGCGCCAGAUGAGCCGCAUUUACCCUAAGGGUACUCGCAUGGACUCCUCUAACUACAUGCCCCAGAUGUUCUGGAAUGCUGGAUGCCAGAUGGUAGCCCUCAACUUCCAGACGAUGGACUUGCCCAUGCAGCAGAACAUGGCACUGUUUGAGUUCAACGGGCAGAGCGGGUACCUCCUGAAGCAUGAGUUCAUGCGACGGCCAGACAAGCAGUUCAAUCCCUUCUCCGUGGACCGCAUCGACGUGGUGGUAGCCACCACCCUUUCUAUUACGGUGAUCUCUGGGCAGUUCCUGUCAGAGCGCAGUGUGCGCACCUAUGUGGAAGUAGAGCUGUUUGGACUUCCAGGAGACCCCAAGAGGCGCUAUCGCACCAAGCUGUCACCCAGUACCAACUCUAUCAACCCUGUCUGGAAGGAGGAGCCCUUUGUCUUUGAGAAGAUUAUGAUGCCUGAGCUGGCCUCCCUCAGGGUGGCUGUGAUGGAAGAAGGCAACAAAUUUCUGGGACAUCGCAUCAUCCCCAUCAAUGCCCUAAAUUCUGGAUACCACCAUCUGUGCCUGCACAAUGAGAGCAACAUGGCCCUCACCAUGCCCGCGCUCUUCGUCUUCCUGGAGAUGAAGGACUAUGUGCCUGACUCCUGGGCAGAUCUCACCGUGGCCCUCGCCAACCCUAUCAAGUACUUCAAUGCUCAUGAUAAGAAGUCUGUGAAGCUCAAGGAGGCCAUGGGAGUUCUGCCUGAGAAGCCUUUCCCAUUUGGGGGUCCAGUGGCCUGCCAGGUCAAUGGGGCACCAGUGCCUGCCAGCAAUGGGUCCAAAGCAGCAGCAGCAGCAGUGGCCAAGACCAGGGAAGGAGCCAUGAAAGAAGUUGCAGCACACCUUAUCCUGGCCUCUGCAGAGCCCAAGACAGCCAGCAUGGAGGAGCUCCGUGAGCUGAAAGGCAUCGUGAAGCUGCAGCGGCGGCAGGAGAAGGAGCUGCGGGAGCUGGAGCGGCGGGGGGCACGGCGGAGGGAGGAACUGUUACAGCGGGGCGCGGCGCAGCUAGCAGAGCUGGGGAUGCCUGGCUGCAAGCUUCGCCAGGGCAAGGGCUCCAGAAAGAAGAGGACCCUGCCUGUGGAGGACACCACAGGGACCUCACCAUGCAAGAGCCUUGAAAGCAUGGACCCACGCAUGCAGGAGCUCAAGGACAGGCUGGAGCAGGAGCUGCAGCAGCAGAGUGAGGAGCAGUACCAGAGCAUCCUGAAGUGCAAGAAACAGCAUGUGGCCGAGCAAAUCACCAAGAUGAUGGAGCUGGCCAAAGAGAAACAAGCCUUAGAGCUGAAGGUCCUCAAGGAGACCUUGGAGAGUGACACCAAAGAGCUAAAGAAAAAACUGGAGAGCAAGAGGCAGGAGCGGGUCCAGGCCAUGACCAAAUCCACCACAGACAAGAUGGCCCAGGAGAGGUUGAAGAGAGAGAUUAACAACUCCCACAUCCAGGAAGUGGUGCAGGCCAUCAAGCAGAUGACAGACACCCUGGAGCGGCACCAGGAGAAACUGGAAGAGAAGCAGGCAGCCUGCCUGGAACAGAUCCGAGAGAUGGAAAAGCAGUUCCAGCAGGAGGCUCUGGCAGAGUAUGAGGCCAGGAUGAAUGGCCUGGAGGCUGAAGUGAAGGAGGCAGUGAGGGCCUGCUUCCCCUCUGAGACCAAUGACAAGGCUGAGAGGCCCACUGAGGUCUUCACAGAGUCCUGUGAGCAGGACCUACUCACAGACAAGGAAGAGACCGAGGAGAGCCGCUUCUGAUAUCUCCAUCCCACUGGGACACCUAACAAGGAUGCUCAGACCCUUCUCUAGGACCUGACUCUACCCCCAGUAGGAAAGGACUCCAACAUCUGAGGCUGCUGGAAGCUGGGGCUCCUUCUCCUGAGCAGCCUAGCUAGAGUGGAGGAAGAAAUAAGAUACAGCAGGCACGGGCUCUUCUGGGGCCUACAGCAUUCUCCAACAUGACUGCCUGAUGCCCACCCUUUUCCUAACCUCUGCAUAAGUAUAUAUUUGUUGAGGACAAAAGAAUAUGGGCUGGGAAUAGGAAAUGGAGUCCUGGCCCUGCUUUACCUAUCAUAGAAUACAACUAGCAAUACCUUACCCUGAGCUCAGCUGUCUCACCCAGAGGGUGGACCGACACCUGGAACCUUUGGCUUUGUGCUGAUGGUUCAAGUAAGAGAAAACCCCAGGCACUCCUGUGUUGAUCUGGCACCUACUAGGCUUCCAGGCCAAUCAAGCCUUCCCUGAGCAGGCAGCAUUGUCAGCUCCCUAGUCAGAGCCUUGCCCUACCUCCAAGUCCUGGGACAGCUGCCCCCAGGAUCCCUCCACUGAGGUUCCUGCCUUCAGCUCCUGCCUGCGCAGAAAUGAAGCUGACAUGAAAAAGCUCCUCAGCUGACUAGCCCUGGGAGGGGUCCCUAGGAUAUAGGGCUGUGGCUGUGGGGAGGGGAGGAGGCUGGCCUUUUGGACUCUCCACUGGGAACCUGAAAGACCCCUUUCCCUAGGCCUGGCAGGGGUACUUCCUAGUGCAUACUCCACUACUCAGACUGCCUGACAAGAUCAACAUUAUUUUGUCUUCCAAAUUUAUGAAGUUUAUUUAUUUUUUCUGCUUUCUACUUUUCCUAAAGAAACCUGACCCAGUAUUUCCUGCCUAAGUGUGGCCUCUGUUCCACAACUAGGCAAAGGGGACAGUAGAAGAUAGUGCCCUGAAAUGAAGCAGGCUGGGGAAAAGACAUUGAGCUGAACUGGGGGUGAGACCCUUCCAGAGCCCAGUGAAAUAGUACUGCCUCUGAGCUCAAACAGGAGUCAUUUCCUCUUCUGCUGGCCCUGGUGCCAUAGCCACUGAAAAAUAUUACUCCCUCUUCUCUGCCCCCACA